GUGGUGGAUUGAAGUCCAUCCUCUCUAACUCAAACAACUCGUCGGAAUCUAGCUCGUCAAUGGAUUUGCAGCGGAGAAACUUGCGAUACAGGCGCAUCAGGCGUCGGUACUCGGCUGUCGCCUCUCGCUCUCGCUUCACGUCCUCCACUACUUCCAGGAGCUUGGCGUCAGUGUACUCGGUGAUGAUGUCGGACCCGUCAAGGGACGGUCUGAAACGCGCUGGGCGGCUGCGGCACGCUCUGGGGCUCUGGGGCUCUGACAGCAGCCACAGGCGGCGCUGGCGCUGGCGCUGGCGCGGGAGGCUCUGGGGCUUUCUCGCUUUCCCUCUGGGCGAUUGCCCUCAGAGCACGCUUUUUCUCCAGAGCUUUGGCGCGCGCAGCAGCCAGCUGCGCCAGACGCUCUGCAGACAGCGGCUUUUUGGCCACUGUAGCCCUGGCGCGGGGAGGAUCCAGCGGCCUCUCACCCUCAGAGUCACUGUCAGAGCGGUCAGACAUUUUACAGAGGGCACAGAAAUUUUAUAGAGCGCGCCAGAGGUCUGAGGCGCUCUGAGGCGCUCUGUAGGGUCAGUGCAUCUGAGCCUGUACGAGCUGUGUGCGCAUGAUGGGGAUGUGUGACUCGGCUCGCCACACACCGCCCAGAGGCCUGGGGCAGAACAUGCACGAAUCGUCACCUGGGGCGCGUAGGGUCUGGCGCCCAAAGAAGUUGAGGGGCACCUGGUCCAGGUAGCCCCUGUAGCGGUAGAGAGAGGAAUGCAGCUCAGUGCUUGGCUGGUCGAUGAGCUGCUGGUGGCGGUAGAAGCUGACCUGCGCACGGCCGUCGCGUGCAGCUGAGAACUGCGCGUCCAUUUUUACCUGUGUGUGGGAGAAUAUUUCACGGCUCUAGCGUGCCGUCUGCAGACAGACGGCUAGUGAACUUGGCAAUCACAAGCGCAAAGUUGGCAGUUGCCACGGCUCCUGUGUUGGGGAGUAGUUGGGUGUCGAACGUGACAUUAAAUGCAUCUCCGGUUGAGGGCUCAUCGACGCGCGCACCCACGGCCCACACAUAGCGGAUGAGGUUGGCAAUGGCGGGUGCGAGGGCGGUGCCAAUGCGGCUCACUAGCGGCGUGGGGAAGAGACCUGUGUCUGGGAAGAGCAGUUGCAUGUACGCUUGGUAAUUGGACGCCAGUGGCGCGUGCGUGAGAAGGGGUUUGCCAUUGAUUCGGAAUUGCCAAGAGAAGUUGGGCAUCGUGCUGGUGCCGCUGCCGUGCGCAAAAUAGUGGCUCGUUCCGUGGUGGUCGGUGGUGGUGCUGAUUGCGCGUGAGCGGUAGUCAGGAGGCAGGAACGUGGCCGCCACCCACUCCAGCUUCUUGCACUCCACGGUCAUCUGCGUCUGCUGUGAGUAGCUGCCGUUUUGCUCCAAGUACAGCUUGAAGUUUUCGAAUUCGAAGCUGCUCGCUGGCGCCUCAUCCGAGCUCUGGAUGGUGAGGUGGAUGUCUGACAGCGCAUAGGUGGCAGCAGCAUUGUUUGAGACCAACACGGCGUUUGGUGCGAGGGUGAGCACAAUGGUGAGGGGGCCGCUCAUGGCGCGCGUGUCAAUCACGGCGCCGCUGCCCAGGAAGCCGUACCACUGCGUCAUGCAAAAGGGUGACUGGUUGACGGUGUAGAUGGCGUUGUUGAGGCCGUUUGUGAUCCAUGCGCUGUUGCUAAUCACGGUGCGCGCCUGCAUGUCCUGGAUGUUGCGGUCGUAGUCGGCUAGGAUGCGGAACAACUGGUUGUAGUAGGGGAUGGUUUGCACCCUCUCGGUGCCCACCCACACCUCUAGCGUCUCGAUGAGUGUUUCCACAUCGCACGGAAGCGACUGGUAGUUGGCGGUGCCGUUCACGGUAGCCAGGAACCACAGGCGCAGCGUGGACAGGUCCCACACGCCGUGGGGAAGCGUGAAGCGUAGGAUGUCCCCAGCCACUGCCGUGUUACGGUCCAGGGGGUCAACCCGUGUAAUGAUCUUCAUGU